AUUCAUACAGUUGUGCCCACUAACAUCCAAACACCGUUAAAAAUUCAUUUGACGUCAAUCCUUCGAUCACUACGACCCUGUCACGGAAAUAAGCUAACAGAAUGCAAAACGGCUUUACACUGAUAAAGAGCCCGUAUGCACGCAAACCGUUCGGAGAUAACAUGUGCAGCACCUUCCCCGCAUCGGAGUGACCGAACAACCAAAAAAUAUAAAGAGUGUCGUCCGACACAAACGAUCAUCACACACCAUCAGCAUAUACAACAUAUCUCUAUCAAAGAUGACUUCCUCUCAUUCUGCUAAGCAAAGUUCAUUGCCAUUAGCUGGUUUAGCAAGCGAUGGCUGGACAAAAGAAAAAGAAGCAACUGCAACAUGCUUUUGUGGAGGUGUUCAGAUGGUCUUUCCUACAGAAAAGCCCGGUUUGGUAGAUACGUUCGUCUGCAACUGUACAGAUUGUCGUAAAAUUACAGCGUCGAUGUUUGCAUCAAACUUUAUCGCAAAGGACGAAUUCAUCUCAUUCGUUCGAGGAGAAAAUCAGCUUAAACAAUUCGCACAAUCAAAGACGAUCGAAUCGGGAAACACGAUGACCAAUCACUUUUGUGGAAACUGCGGCACUCUCAUGUUCCGUGUUUCUUCUGGCGCUCCGGAUGCAAAGAUUAUGCGUAUUGGUACGAUUGAUGAUUUUGCUUUACAAGAAACGAAACUUAAACCACGUAUUGAACAAUAUACAAAGGAUCGUAGCAAUUGGUGUGCUGGUGCCCGUAGUGCUGAACAGCAUGAAGGUGCUUUCUAUAAAUUGUAAAAGAAGGUCCUUCAUCAGCGCUAGUGUUUGAUACAAUGUCGAUGACGAAUAUCAUUCCAGAUCGCAAAGG